AUGAAUAUUUCAAAACGUUACCCACAACUUUUCAUAUUGAUUGUCUUCAUAGCUACAGAUCUAUCCCAUGCCGACACAAGAAACGACAUUCCUGGUGCAGACGGUCCAUCAUUAUCAUCAACAAAAGAUGUGUUUCAACCUUUUGGAAAAAUAACUGUAGAAAUCAUCAACGAUAUUGGUGGUACAGUAACGUUGCCUUAUCAUUGUAAAUCAAAGGACAGUGAUUUUGGUGACCAGAGUUUACAACCGGGUGGGUCGUGGUCGUUUAGUUUUAAGCGUCAGUUCUUUGGAAGGACAUUGUUUUUCUGUUCUUUUGCGUUGCCAAAUGGAAGAUAUUAUUUCGACAUAUUUAGAGACCACCGCGAUACUGCCGGCGAUGAUUGGUGCCAAAAGUGCGUAUGGAAGAUAAGACCAACGGGACCUUGUAGGUUUAACGGUGGAACUAAGCAGUUUGAUAUUUGUUUUCCUUGGAAUAAAAAAUAA